AAAAAGCCCUUAGGAUCUUUUCAGAGACUAAGUCCCAGCUGUGAAGACUUGAGACUUUGAGUAGUGCAGCGGAAGUUGAGACGAGGGCUUUCAAGACGUGUGGCAUUAGCAACUCGCUCGACGGCAAUGAAGACUAUCUGACCCUCCAGCACAUGCGCAACAAGCGAGAGGCAGAGGUGGAUGUUGAUGACGAGGUCGGGGCGGAUGGCUUCUCUGGAGACAACUCGGUAGGCGCUGAAGGUGGGGCUGCAGAGGAUGAGGAGGAGGAGGAGGAGGAGGAGGAGGAGGAGGAGGAGGAGGAGGAGGAGGAGGAGGAGGAGGAGGAGGAGGAGGAGGAGGAGGAGGAGGAGGAGGAGGAGGAGGAGGAGGAGGAGGAGGAGGAGGAGGAGGAUGAGGAGGAAGGGGAGGGGGAGUAGGAGUAGACUAGGAGUAGGUGUAAUGUGCG